AUGAACAAAGAGUUCAUCACGCAGGGCGGCACUCCCAUAACCGCCGACUUGGCAACGGAUCUGCGCAAUCUGGUUUUCGGCACCGCCGCCAUUCCCAUGCGUGCUGAAUGGCUGCAAACAUCCUUUGUCUUCGGAGCACCCAAGGAGGAGCUGGCCUACGGCCUCCGUUCGCCCCGGAAUGCCACGCGAGGUCUGUUGUCUGUCGUCCAAGGAUUCGUUCUCAAGUAUUUGCUUUUCGCCCGGAAGACUACCCGCGCCGCUUCCCUCACCGAUCCACUCCUGGCCACCGCGGAGAUGCAGCGCGAGGCUCUCUUCUGUGCGCUGUUGGAGAUCCUGCGCACCAUCUCGGACAAGGGCAAGGUCACUAUGGUGCUUCCGUCCGAGGACGAGGUUUUCGUGGACCACAGUGCUUGCUAUUUUCACGAUUCCGUCACCGAAAAGCUUUAUGUUUUCACCCUUUCACCCAAUGAGGAGCUCGAAUACUUUAUGAAGCGAAAUUUUAAUUACUUCACAGAGGAGGAGACCCCGGGCACCCUGCUGUUCCUAUACAGCGCCGUCCUCACGAGAUCCAUGGGAAAAGUUCGCACCGACCUGGACUGCUCCAAGUCCUCGCCCCUGACGUCGAGUAACCACGAAGAGGGAUCCCUGAUGAUCGUCACCCUGCUGCUGACGGGACGUGCCACGCCCUACAUUCACAACGGAGUCGUCAAUGUGGGCGAUGAAAGUAGCUAUGCGGUUCCACAGUAUGGAGUUCUUAAGCGUUGCAUGAUUGGUCUCUUGCUCUGGGACAUUGAAUCCGCCAGUGCUGCAGUGAAUCAAUCUCGCCAACCGGGCUCCCGGCUAAAGACGCCCAACUAUCCCAUCUGGAUAACGAGCUGCACGGGUCACUACGGCGUCAUCUUCAACAAGAACCCGGAUCUGCUGCGCAACUACCACGCCGAGUCGCGCUUCGAUGUCAACUACUACAGCUGUUCCGGCCACCAAAUCCUGAUGACGAUCGACAAUCGCACGUACAACGAGCAGGCAUUGGUCAUGUUGGAGCGGCAACCAAUCACGCCGGAGAGUACCUCGAUGUCCGGCAAGCCGGCCGGCAAGGAGGCGGAGGCGGUGACGACGCCGUCUGCUGGCUCCGGAGGAGGUGCUGCUGCCGGCGGCGGUGUGGGUGGCGCCAGCGGCGGUGUUGGUGGUGCUGCUAGUGGCGCUAGCGGUGGUAACGAUGUGGUCGCCAAGGAGGAGUCAACGCUCAACACGCCGUUGCAGCGUCUGAUUCGUACCAAGUGGGAAGAGGCAACUAUAAGCUUUCACGUGCAGCCAUCGAUGUUGAGUUAUCUUUUUAGUACCACGCAGUAGAAUGCAGGGAAUGCAGGAUUUAUAAGGAACAAUAAGGUUCCCUUGCUCA